AUGACGACGAAUGGAACCAGCACUGCUGGGCCACUGGCAAAAGGAGAGCAGACAUUGACCGGGAAACAAGAGCACUACCUCAAACGCGAGCUUAUUUCUCAGCAAGUCAAAUGGGAAAUCACAGAGUUAAAUUCUCCUACGGCGUUGGAACGAUUCGGCGCGCCGUUCAAAUCUGAUCACGGCGAGGUCUCUCCUUUGGAUUCUGAUCUGCCGAUCUUGCGGUACAUAUUCGUGCAUCAUGUCAGGGAAUUCCCGUUCCUGGAUAAGGCGAAGGAGAAGGAGUUUUGGCAGGAUAAAUUACAAGUGUUCCUGCAAUCGUUUGCGAAUAAACACAUUUCCUCCUCCGAAGAUAGACUUGAAGAGACGAAGCGGCGGAAGCUAUCUAUAAAAUCCCAGAAGUUGGUGGAGCUGAUGAUGGUAUCUGGUAUACCUACGGCUUCUGGGUAUGAGGAACGGAUUAGAUUCUCGGAACUCGAGGUUGUGGAUGCUGGGGCGAUAGAUCAUGGGGUCUUGUCUACGUUGCCAGAAGGACAUUAUAUGAAUGGUUGGGAUGUGAAUGUUGCUGGUGUGAGAACGGUCUCGGUGAAGAGAAACGUUAGAUAUCAUAAACAUGCGGAAUUCAUUCUUAGAGUCAAGAGGAAAAAUGAUCUGGAAUUUUUCGUUGGGAGAAGAUAUGGCGAUUUUAGCAGGUUACACAAGAAAUUGCGGACUGAAUUACCUGGAAAGGUUCUCCCAUCAUUACCGAGAAAGAAUAAGCAGAGUUCUACAGCUUCGAAUCUGCUGGGUGCUGCGUUGGGGAAGGAUGAUGACAGUGAUGCCUCAUCAGUGUCGUCUCUUUCUACUGUUGGGACAGCAGGCAUUGAUGGUAGCAUGAGAAAUCUCACUGUAAAAGACCAUCGACGAAGCACUUCCGGAGCUAGUCUCAGAGGCUCGCCGAGAGCAUCUACAGACGGAAAAAGAUCCCCGCCAUCAGAUACCGUAACUUUGUGGAGGGAAAACCAGAGAAUCUCACUAAGAGCAUUUCUCAGAACCCUUCUUGCGAACCCACAGAUCGCAAACACAAAAGCGAUGACCGAAUUUCUUACUCUUACCCCCAUUCUACCUACGGAUGCAGAUGUAAUUGAUAUUGCCCGCCGAAAGGCUAUGGAUUCAAAGCGAGUCGAGGAACAGAAGAAAUUUUAUGAAGUCGCGAGAAAGCGUGCAGCUGAACUAGAUGUGUAUAUGGAGCAAUUCCGUCGCGAUAUCGUCGAGCAAAACGGUCUUACCAAGCUAUUCCAAGAAAUUAAGGACAAAGAGAAGAUCCAAGAUCUAAGUUUACAAUAUCAGAAGUUUGCUGAAUGGCUACGUAUUGAGGUUGCCGCCACUUUAUACCACUUGUUCUUGGCAGAAGACAACUCCCCAGAGCUUUUCGCUCAGAUGAAAAAGAUUCAUUCCAUGAUUCCAUAUACCCUCAUCAAGACCGCUAUCCGGAUAGCAAACCCGGCAGCGGUCAUGGCUAGCGUUCUUGAUAUCUUCCUUGCGCGGCCGCUUGGUUCGAAAUCGCUGAUGCAAAGAAUUUUCUCAUAUACGUUAAAUGACGGUAUUAGGAGCUAUCAAAAGUCCGUUGAAUCGUUAUACAACAAAAUAGAAGAACCAGUCUUCUGCGACAAAUUGAAGCUAUUUUGCUACUCCGACGAGAACACGAAAAACGUCAUUCGUAACGAAUCGGAAACCGAAGGCGUGGACUUAAUAAUAGCAAUCUUGAGAUCUGAAGACCUUGAGCCGGCUUUGAAUGGGGCUCAAAUCGGCAAAAUCUAUAAUGCUUGGGUGGCCUGGAAUAACGCGGUGGAUAAUGUCGACGAGGAAAUGAAGCAAGGAGCUCAACUGUUCUCAUACUUGAAGCAGCUACUCAAGCUCUAUACGAGGCAAAGGGAUAAGGAAAUGAUGUUGAGUAUGAUUGAGGAGCCUGUUACGUUACAGCUGCUUAAAGAUCUCUUUACCAUAUUCUAUGAGCCACUCGUCAGGGUGUACAAAUCGGCGAACGUUUACAACAGUGUUACGGACUUUGCAGUCUUUAUGGACGAUGUGAUACAGACUGUGGAUAAAUGUAGAGAACAAGACGUCUCAGCAGACCCGAACCAAACAGUCCAAGCAUUCAUCGACCUUUGCCAGCGUCACGAACACAAUUUUUAUAAAUUCGUCCACGAAGUUCACACUCACGAUAACGGGCUCUUCACACAACUCAUGGGAUGGAUAGAAGGUAUUCUCGAAUUCCUCCGUCACGGUCCCAAAGCCGGCAAAUUAGACAUCAACGCCCUCUUCGCGGGCGCCGUCAGCGUCGGCCAAGUCAACAAAGACGUCGCCAUCGACGAAAUCAACAAACUCAUCUCCUGGCAAGAAGCCCGCAAGAAAUGGCACCAAGACAAAACCCGCCAGAAGAUGGCCGCUGAAGGCACCGGCGCGGCCGUCGACCCUGUUCCCGGGGCUCACGCCUUCAACACGGCGGACUUCGGCAUCGAUCAGAUGGAUCUCCAGGAGAUUAACUAUGAUGAGGAUGAGGAUAGUAGCGACGAGGAGGGAGAUGACGAGUUGGAUCCGAUCGAGGCGGAGAGGAAGAGGAGGGCAAGGAAACAGGACCAUCUUAGACGGAGUGCGGGCGAGCCCGAGAAACCGGUUGUUGGGGAGGUUAAUCAUUUGAGGGAGAGCUUUUUGGUUAUGCUUAGGAUGGUGCUUGCUGAGUAG